AUGCCAUCAACCCCUCCGCGACAGCACUCUGUUGGUCCGGGACAACUUCCCCGAGGGCCCAUCACGCCCGAACAGAAACGAAAGAUUGAAGAGAAUCGCAUGAAAGCCAAAGCCUUGCGGGAACAACGGGAAGCCGAAAACGACAAAAGCUCAUCUUCUACCGCUAAUAGAAGCCAUACAUUACACCCCGCCCAAGGAGUCAAGCGCUCAUUCAACUCGAUGACAGGGGAAAAUGUCUCAUCGGUCCGCGAUGCGCGCUCGAAUCCUACUUCGUCCAAUCGACCGCUCGAUACAAUCAAACCUGCACGCAAUUUCACAUCCUACGUCGACUAUGAUUUCAGUAAAAUGACCGACACAAAAGGAGGGUUUCUCACCCAAGAGGAUGAUCCAUUUAAUAAAGCUUUACACAUGCCGGAGGGAAAGACAGAACAGAAGCCGGCGCAUAUGAAUCAGAAAGAAUGGGAGCGUCACCAAUUACUUAAGUCUCUACGACACAACCGUGAAGGGCCCUUUGAACCUGGGUUAAGUGUGCUAGAUGAUAAAAGUAAACAGAAGACUUGUCGCGAGUGUGGCAGUCUCGAAAUCGACUGGAAAUGGGAGGAGGAGCUUAAAUGCCUCAUCUGUCAUGGUUGUAAGGAUAAGUACCCCGAUAAAUACAGCCUUCUCACCAAGACAGAAGCAAAAGAAGACUACCUCCUGACAGAUCCUGAAUUACGAGACGAAGACCUCCUUCCGCAUCUUGAACGACCGAACCCGCAUAAGGCAACAUGGAACAACAUGAUGUUAUACCUUCGAUAUCAGGUGGAGGGAUAUGCCUUCUCAGAUAAGAAGUGGGGCUCCGCAGAGGCGUUGGAUGCCGAGUUUGAACGGCGAGAAGGCGACAAAAAACGGCGGCGAGAAGCCAAGUUCAAGACCAAGUUGCAGGAUCUCAAAAAACGCACUCGUGUGGAAGCCUAUCGAAGGGGCCGACAAGGAGCCGCGGGUGGGGAGUUUGGUGAUGAUCUGAGUAGUAAUCGGAAACAUGUACAUCAAUGGGGCCGACCUGUGGAGAACUCAGAGUCUGGCAUCCCUGUCAAGACGUGCGUGGACUGUGGGAUGGAAGUAGAGGAGCUGGAGUUUUGA